GUGAGAGGCAAGCACGUGCUUCCGCGGUAAUCACUCAGCAGACAGCGGUCUCAUCUUGCCGUCCGGUAUUCCAUUCUGUCUUUUGCCCUCCUCUUCCCUCACCUUUUUUUGCUUUUUCACUCCCUUCUUCUCAUCUCUCUUUCCUGCCACCGCCCCCUCAGAGAGAGAGAGAGAGAGAGAGCGAGAGCGCGCAGUUCUGUUGGAGAACCGAGGCACUAUCUGCACGCCCAGGAGAGAAGUGAGCAUUUCUGUUGGACUAACAUUACUGCAGACAGAGUAAGCGAGAUAACCCUUUGAAGCAGGAGAGAAGGACACGCAGAAAAGGAGGGAAAAAAAGAGGAGAAAGGAGAGGGCUGGACGGCAGAGCCAUGCAGGGCAGGACCACGCGGACCUCCGUGGCCCUGGCGCUUUGCGCGCUGGUUCUGAUAUCUGGAUCAGGAAGUGCCCGUCGGCUCAGGAAGAGGGGGCUCAGCCAAAAGGUGGGGGACAGAGCGGAUGAUUACGAGUACCCCAGUCAGGUGGCCCAGCACCAGAAGAGCGACCGCUGCCCGCCUCCACCUCAGAUGCUUCCGGAAAGGGCGUGCGAGGUGCCCAGCUGCCGCUCGGACUCGGAAUGCGAGCGCCACAAACGCUGCUGCUACAACGGCUGCAUCUAUGCCUGCCUGGAGUCUGUGCAGCCGCCGCCAGUUCUGGACUGGCUUGUACAGCCCAAGCCACGGUGGCUGGGAGGAAAUGGCUGGCUUCUAGACGGGCCAGAGGAAGUCCUGCAGGCGGAGGCGUGCAGUACUACAGAGGAUGGGGACGAGCCACUGCACUGUCCCACAGGGUACGAGUGCCACAUCAUCAUCCCUGGGAACCCAUCCACUGGUGUGCCCAACCGUGGCCAGUGCAUAAAGCAGCGAGGAUCAUCCGACGGACGCAGUUUGAGACACAAGUACUUCAAAGACUAUAAGGACUACGCGGGAACAAACUCCAACAAUGCUGUCGGGUAUGAGAAGCAUCACCACAAACAUCUGGGAUAAUGAAAACACAGUGGUACUCGCUUCCAUGAAUUUAUAGCCCCAUCAUCCUCAAUUAACCUCACCACCAGUGGCCCAUUAAAGCCUCUCCUUCCCAAAACUCAGCGGCAGUCUGGAAAACUUCUGCCCCUCGUCACACUCAAAACGAAUCCCAAUCAUCAUCUGCAGAAGCCAUCUCGCACGAUGCCACUCCCUAACUGUCAAUCACCCUGAGAUGUUCUUUCAGCCAUCUUGGCUCUGAGGAUUUCCACCAGUCCACAAUAAAGUAAAAACCCAAAACUGGCACUGACUACAGAUAUAUAAAGCCUGGUACAAUACAAGUACACACAUUUGUCUGUCUGGGAUACAUAAAAUCAAUAACAUAUACAAACCCAGUCCUACCUCUUCGAAAGAGCAUUAUAUGGACAAUGUUGCUGGACACAGACAUUCAAGAGUAUGCAGUCAAUAUACGGUACAUGCAUGCAUGCAUGCACCACAGGUCUUACAGGUUUACAUACUUUUUUUUUUUUUUUUUUGAAAGAUCCAAGAAAUUGUAGCAUAAUCAUAAUUCAUGUGUGCAUUCAUGGAAGCAACCUAGAAUAAGACUGGACAAGUAGACAGAAUUUUGUACCACAACACUAUUUCACAAAUCAAUGUCAAUGUGAUCUCCUGUACAGAGUGGACUGCAGAUUAGGGCUGCACUCCAGAUGCAAAGCGUUUGCUUAUGGUUUUACCUUGAAUGCUCUACUUGCAUUAAUGGUUCGCAGGAUUCACUGAGAUAUGUCUUCCUGUUUAAUGGGGGUGCCAGUGGUGCUAUGGUGUAAUCCAGAGGUAGGCAACCCUGGUCCAGGAGUGCCAGUGAUGUUUUUUUUUUUUAGUGUGACCUUAUGAGCUUGAUGGUUUGUUAAGAGUCAAAACAAUCCAAGAGUCACAGUCUGAAUAUUCACAGCAUAUGGUCACCGGUGUCCAUGAAAACUGUUAAUUAAUACAAUUAUGUUGCUAUGGGCUUGGAUGGAGAAAAAGCCAGGAACAUCUCUGGCACCCCAGAACCAAGGUAGCCUACAACUGUGUACCCAGAACAAGUGGCAUAUUGUAUUAAAUACUCAUGCAACGCUGUAAACUACCACCCUGACAGAAACCAUAGUAACAGCACUCUGUGACCGGACGUUUGACACGGCACCUCUUCAAUUUUUAAAACAGCGGGAAUGCAGUCCAGCUCUCCUCUCAUCAGGACAAAAACGGGACCAAAUUAAAUUCCAACAGAGGCAGAGGGUGAAAAAAGCCACACCUAAAGAUACUGGAGACGCCCACACGAGAGAUGGGAUAAUGAGCUGUCAAAUGCUUAUCAGCGACUUGCAGAUUUGACCUAAUCGUUUUACACUGCAGACCCAGAAUCUCUUGAUUGGCUCAACAAGUCAAUAAUUGGCAGCGAUUAGCUUCCCAUUAGCACCAUGCUAGUCCAGACCAUUACAACACAUACCGCUGUCUGACUGAAGACACGUGCAUGCAUAUGUGCAGAAACAUACAGAUACACCCCGCUUUUUCCUUUUGAGAUGCUAGUCGAUCAUUGACGCAGAAAUGCCACCAAUAAGCUUGGACACAUGACAUCAUUACCCAAAGAACCCCACAAGUCAGGUACAGUGUCCAUAAAGAGGCAUAGGAAAGGUAGCCAUAAGAACUCACCUUACACUCCACAUGAACAUGUUUACCAUUUUACAGCUUUAGUCCUUGAACACCCAACCAAUCUCCAUGCAGCAUUUGUUCCCGCCCUAUCCCUCUUUGCUAAAACCAUUCAAAGACAUGUCUGAAACUAUUCAGACAACAGGAGCCUACCUCUUUACAAGCUCUAGCCAUCAGUAAGCUACAGGUAUCACAACAAAGGACUCUGGGACAACAAGCUAUUCAAGUCCUUCAGCUCCAAAGGAUUAUACGAAAGACAGGUGCUGUAAUAUCCAAUGUAUUUCAAAAUAAAAGCUGUACAGAUACACACCCAA